UGCCCUUUAACAAAAUGUUCGUUAGGUGGAACUGCUACACUCACGCAUAGUUUCUAUCAGGAAACUUUAAUCCGCAACGGGGGUAAUGUUGUCAGGGGUGGGAAAGAAGACGGCUGAAGUCAAAUGUCACACACCUUCUGUCCAGUUUAAAUUUGCUGUCAAUUAAGACGGCUACGGCUACCUACUAUUGUCAUAUGCAAAGGACAAAAGCUACACUGUAUAGUUGAACGUUCCAAAAAGAACAUAAAACAGAGAUUACACCCCCAUAUAUUUACUGUAAUGGUUUUGACAUCCACAAUAUGGUAGUCAGUUUUAUGUUCCACACCCCCCCGUGACGCAAUUCUGGUACUAGUCCCUCCCCUGUUUCUGUGGGUGUAUUCUAUCUGUGACCCUUGCUUUUAGUCAGUAGUAACAAACAUGGCAACAGCAGGUGGUACUGGUGCUGAUGGAGGAGUUUUGGCAUACAGUGGCUCUGCGACCCUUAACGGUCCUCAAGGUGUAAAUACAUAUGACAGCAGAUGCAUCUUUUGCAGGAUUGGAAGUGGUGAAGAAAAGACUACUGAGCUCCUACAUAAUGGUGAAGAAUUUGUGUGUUUUAAAGAUAUCCGACCAGGAGCUCCCCACCAUUACCUUGUAGUACCCAAGAAGCAUAUAGGGAAUUGCAAAACCCUGAAGCAAGAACACAUCCCUCUUGUGCAGAGAAUGAUGGAAGUUGGAAGAAGGGUACUGCAGCAAAACAGAGUGACAGACCUCGAGGAUGUAAGAUUGGGCUUUCACUGGCCACCAUUCUGCUCAAUAAGCCAUUUGCAUCUUCAUGUUUUGGCCCCUGCUAGCCAACUUGGGUUCCUCUCGAGACUGAUAUAUCGAAUCAAUUCAUAUUGGUUUAUCACGGCUGACCAGCUGAUUGAAACUCUGAAGACUACAGACUCCAGCAACUAAAGGCAACAGUUUUGAUUUUCUUUUCAGCUAUUUUUUCAGUUACCAGAGCUACAGAAAUUUGCCAGUUGUUUCAGAAACAGUUGACAAAAUGGAAGAUGAAAGAGCUUAUUGUCAUUCAAGGGCAUCAAGAUAAAAUUUUCAUACUAAAAAUCAUAAAAUUCUGGUGCUGCUGUGGAAGGUGCUGGACAGUAAUGUGUACUAUAGCCACCUGUUUUUGCAGGAGUCAUUUUGUUAUUGACAGAACAGUGCUUCCCCCAUGAUGGGGCUUGCAGAUUAAUAUCAGGAGAUAUGUCCAUUCAAGAAACUAACAUACUGUAUCAUUUUUAAGCUUUGCUAUAUUUAAACUAUCUUGUUGAUGUUUUAACACCCUUAUUUGCAAGAUAGAUGUACCUUUAGUACCAUCUAACCAACCCUGUGAUGUCAUAAUGGGCUGUACCUGAAGUCAUAGGUGCUGCUACUGAGUUAAUAAUCUGUCACAUUCUCAUUUAUACUAUGAUAGUAAUAAUUACUGUUGAAGAUGAAAGUAUAUACAUUUAUCAACUGUGGUAACAGUGUCUAGAGCAUCUGUCAUAUUUAUGGUGUUUUAUGUAGUUGUGAAGUUUCCUGGUUUUAGUUGAUUUCAUUUUUGUAAAUAUUUUAGUAUUAAGACUGUUAAUGUUAUUGCCUACUGAAGAUGACUAAUGAAUAUUUUAUAAACACCAUUGCUACUC